AUGUCGUCGCAGGUCGUGGCUAGUGUAGCUUGUUUGGAGGAGUUGGAUGGGAUCCAAAAGGUGGGCUCGCAAGGGAUGCAGUCCCUACGUGCUUUAGAACUAUCUCAAGGCGCACAACGAGCGCGAAAAUCGCCACCACGCGCGACACGACUCGCCUCGUCGUCGACGAAUAAUGCGAGUGAAGCCGUUCCCUUGACACGCUCGUACGGCCGCGAUAGGAGGGGGAGCAAUGCGAGCGCGAGCACUAUUUUUGGAGGAGGAGCGGGAGGGAAUCGUCUUCAUCAUGCUUCGGGGAGUGUAGGAGGUGGAUCAAGUAUUUCAGGCAGAGCGAAUGGGUUGGGACACGGUGGACGACAGAGGAUGAUGAGCAUCGUCGGCACGCCAACUUCGUUGAUGUUUGAUUUGACAAAUGAUGUGAUUCCAAUCAGUCUGAGUGAGGACACUUCAGCACAAAAUCGAGCUCCUGUAGCGAAAACCAUUGGGUUGGUAAAUGGGAUCGCACUCGUCGUUGGAAAUCAAAUAGGAUCAGGGAUCUUCUCAUCCCCCGGAGUUGUACUUGCAGAUUCUGGAUCCGUAGGCGCCAGUCUGAUGCUCAUUCGCGGAGCUCGGCUCUGCAAUUCCAUUGAGGUGAAACGACUUCUAUUCACCACCAAGUUCAAUACUGAGCGUUCCAUUGCUGUAUUAAAGCCUGGCUCAAAUGCCAUUAUAUCAUCCAUCCUUGGCGAAUAUCUCAACCGCCUCUUCUUCCAUGCUACAGCUGCAGAUGCUAGUCCAGACAGUAUUCCGCAAUGGGCCAUCAAGCUUACGGCUUGUAUCUCUGUGAUAAUUGUUUCCAUACUAUGCGUUGCCACACCGAAAUUGGCAACACGAGUUGCCGUGUUAUUCACGUCUGCCAAGAUCGCCGUUCUGAUAGCGGUUACUGUGAUGGGUAUAAUCCAAUUAAGUCGAGGGAAAGCCUCGACCGCUUUUCGAGAACCACUCUUUGAAGGGACAUCUCCCAAUCCAAGUGCAUUUGCACUGGCAUUAUUCUCUGGAUUAUGGGCAUAUGAGGGAUGGGAUCAAGCAAAUUAUAUCACCGGAGAGAUGAAGGAUCCUGCCAAGAAUAUGCCCAGAGUCAUUCAUUCAAGCAUGACGACCGUUACG